GCUGAUAUGCACGUAAUGAAGAAAAUGAACCAGAAGAAGCUUGCUGACACACUGGAGAAAAAUUCAGAUGAGCUUGCUGUGAUUUGCCAACGUGAACUCAAAUCUAAUCUAAAGAAGAAGUUUCAAUGUGUAUUUGAGGGGAUCGCUAAACAAGGAAACCCAACACUUCUCAAUAAGAUCUACACAGAGCUCUACAUCACAGAGGGUGGAACAGGAGAGGUCAAUAAUGAACAUGAGCUGAGACAGAUUGAGACAACAACCAGGAAACAAGCAAGACCAGAGACUGCAAUCAAAUGUAACGACAUCUUCAAACCCUUAACUGGACAAGACAAACCUAUCAGAACUGUGCUGACAAAGGGAGUCGCUGGCAUUGGAAAAACAGUCUCUGUGCAGAAGUUCAUUCUGGACUGGGCUGAAGGAAAAGCAAAUCAGGAUGUCCAAUUUGUAUUUUCAUUCCCUUUUCGGGAGCUGAAUUUGAUGAAAGAGGACAAACACACUUUGAUUGAGCUUCUCAAUCACUUCUCAAUGGAAACCAAACAAUCAAGAAUCUCCAACUACAACAAGUACAAAGUUCUGUUCAUCUUUGAUGGUCUGGAUGAGUGCCGACUGCCCCUAGACUUCCAGAAGAACAAGAUCUGUUGGGACGUCACAGAGUCAACCUCAGUGGAUGUUCUGCUGACAAAUCUCAUCAAGGGAAAUCUGCUUCCCUCUGCUCUCCUUUGGAUAACUACCCGACCUGCAGCAGCCAAUAAGAUCCCUUCAGGGUGUGUUGACCAGGUGACAGAGGUACGAGGGUUCAAUGACCCACAGAAGGAGGAGUACUUCAGGAAGAGAUUCAGUGAUGAGGACCUGGCCAGCAGAAUCAUCUCACACAUAAAGACAUCAAGGAGCCUCCACAUCAUGUGCCACAUUCCAGUCUUCUGUUGGAUUUCUGCAACAGUCCUUGAACACAUGUUGAAACAUAAGAGAGAAGAGAUGCCCAAGACUCUGACUGAGAUGUACACACACCUUGUGGUGUUUCAUACCAAACAGAAGAAUGAAAAGUAUCUUGGGAAAGAAGAGACAGGUCCACACUGGAAUAAAGAGAGCAUUCUGUCACUGGGAAAACUGGCUUUUCAACAGCUUGUGAAGGGCAAUCUGAUUUUCUAUGAAGAAGACCUGAAGGAGGCUGGCAUUGAUGUCAAUGAAGCCUCAGUGUACUCAGGAUUGUGCACACAGCUCUUUAAAGAGGAAUGUGGGCUGUACCAGGACAAGGUGUACUGCUUUGUGCAUCUGAGCAUUCAGGAGUUUCUGGCUGCUGUAUAUGUGUUCCUCUCAUUCAUCAACAAUAAUGAGAAUCUAUUGGACAAACUGCAAACAAAGUCCAGUAUCUUUUCUUUGCUGUUUAGAGACAAGUCUGCAGUUACUUUCUACAAGAGUGCUGUGGAUAAAGCCUUACAAAGUGAGACAGGAAACCUGGACCUUUUCCUCCGCUUCCUUCUGGGCCUCUCACUGGAGUCCAAUCAGAAGCACUUACGAGGCCUACUGACAAAGACAAGAAGCAGCUCACAGAGCCAUGAAGAAACAGUGAAGUACAUCAAGGAGAAGAUCGGGGAGAAUCUCUCUCCAGAGAGGAGCAUCAAUCUGUUCCACUGUCUGAAUGAACUGAAUGACCAUUCUCUAGUGGAGGAGAUCCAAAGCUACCUGAGAUCAGGAAGUCUCUCAGAAGACAAACUGUCACCUGCACAGUGGUCAGCUCUGGUCUUUGUGUUGCUGACUUCAGAAAAGGAGCUGGAUGUGUUUGACCUGAAGAAAUACUCCAGAUCAGAGGAAGGUCUUCUGAGGCUGCUUCCAGUGGUCAAAGCCUCCAGAGCUGCUCUGCUGUCAGGCUGUGGAGUCACAGAGGAAGGCUGUGCUUUUCUGGUCUCAGCUCUGACGUCAAACCCCUCACACCUGAGAGAGCUGGACCUGAGUAACAAUGACCUGAAGGAUUCAGGAGUGAAGCUGCUCUCUGCUGGACUGGGGAAUCCCCACUGUAAACUGGAGACUCUGAGGCUGUCAGACUGUCUAGUCACAGAGGAAGGCUGUGCUUCUCUGGUCUCAGCUCUGACGUCAAACCCCUCACACCUGAGAGAGCUGGAUCUGAGUAACAAUGACCUGAAGGAUUCAGGAGUGAAGCUGCUCUCUGCUGUACUGGGGAAUCCCCACUGUAAACUGGAGACUCUGAGGCUGUCAGGCUGUCUAGUCACAGAGGAAGGCUGUGCUUCUCUGGUCUCAGCUCUGAGGUCAAACCCCUCACACCUCAGAGAGCUGGACCUGAGCUACAAUCACCCAGGAGACUCAGGAGUCAGACUGCUCUCUACUGGACUGGAGGAUCCACACUGCAGACUGGAGAAACUCAAUGUGGAACAUGGUGGAGAGAACAGAAUGAAACCUGGGCUUAGAAAAUAUGUCUGUGAUCUCACACUGGACCUAAACACAGUAAACAGACACCUCUCUCUGUCUGAGGAGAACAGAAAGGUGACAUGUAGGAGAGAGAAGCAGCCGUAUCCUGAUCACCCAGAGAGAUUUGAGGGCUGGGGACAGGUGCUGUGUAGAGAGGGUCUGACUGGGCGCUGUUACUGGGAAGUAGAGUGGAGUGGAAGAGGGGCUGAUAUAGGAGUGACAUAUAAAGGAAUCAGCAGGAGAGGAAUGGUUAAUGACUUCCAAUCAAGCAGGAGAGACCUGUACCCAGCGGUGUGUCCAUGA